GCGCUGGGGGCCACGGUGCUCAUCUCCGCGGCUCCGUUCCUGGUGCUCUUCCUCAUCCCGGUGGAGUCGAACUCGCCCAGGCACCGCUCUCUGCUCCAGGUCUUGCUCAGUUUUGCCUCCGGGGGCCUCCUGGGGGAUGCCUUCCUGCACCUUAUCCCGCACGCUCUGGAGCCGCAUUCUCACCACACUCCCCAGCAGCACGGACACGGACACGGACACUCCCACAGCGGCCAGGGCCCCAUCCUCUCUGUGGGGCUCUGGGUCCUCAGUGGGAUUGUCGCCUUCCUGGUGGUGGAGAAGUUUGUGAGGCACGUGAAAGGCGGACACGGACACAGUCACGGACACGGGGACGGCCACACACACGGAAGCCAUGCUCAUGGGAGACAGGAGUGUCCUUCAAAAGAAAAGCCCAGCUCAGAGGAAGAAGAAAAGGAAACGGGGGUUUUGCGGAAAAGGAGAGGGGGAAACGCAGGGUCGAGGGAUGGGCCAGCAAAACCUCAGGACCCUGAAGAAGAAAAACCAGGUUCAGACCUGCGUGUGUCUGGGUACCUGAACCUGGCUGCUGACCUGGCGCACAACUUCACGGACGGCUUGGCCAUUGGUGCUUCCUUUCGUGGGGGCCGAGGCCUGGGGAUCCUGACCACAAUGACAGUCCUGCUGCAUGAAGUGCCUCAUGAGGUCGGGGACUUUGCCAUCUUGGUCCAGUCUGGCUGCAGCAAGAAACAGGCGAUGCGUCUCCAGCUCCUGACGGCAGUAGGGGCACUGGCAGGCACGGCGUGUGCCCUUGUCACUGAAGGAGGGGCAAUGGGUAGUGAGGUGGCAGGUCCUGGCUGGGUCCUGCCGUUCACUGCCGGUGGUUUUAUCUACGUGGCAACAGUGUCCGUGUUGCCUGAGCUGUUGAGAGAGGCGUCCCCAUUACAGUCCCUUUUGGAGGUGCUGGGGCUGCUGGGGGGAGUGGUCAUGAUGGUACUGAUCGCCCACCUUGAGUGAGGGUGGGGCAGUCUGUCCUGCCACCCCAACUCCCAGAUAGACAGUGGGGAGCCCUGGCGGCGGGUGUUACUCGCCAGAAGAAGGAGUUUUAGCCUUGGAGAAUGAUGUCUUGGGAUUUGGGUCCUUUAAGGUAUGGCAGUCACACAGAGCCCGAGAGGUCAGAGGGACCAAAGUGUUGGGCACUGCUCAACAGCAUUGUUGGUUUUGGAGAAAUAAAUGGGGGCCACGGAAGGACUGGGGUGACAGUACCCUGCCAACAUGCAGCACAGGGCCCUCCAAGGCCCCUCUCCCUCUGCACUGGUUAGUGGUGGCUCCGGGGAAGACCCGACAGGAGUGGGGUAGACAUCAAUCGUGUGUCCUGAUUUGGAAGUAGCGGGGUGGGAGAGCGCUCCUUGGUAAAAUCUCACGACCUGAUUUAUUUUUGUUUCUCUUCCUUUUAUAUCACUGUUUGAAUGGGUCGGGAGGAACGGUGACCAGAAAUAAAGUACUUGGAUCUUCAGCCCCA